UCAUGCUGCUGCCAAGUCCAUAGUCUGUCAUGGUCCCUGUACGGCCUCCCAUUGCUGCUGUCUCCAUCGCCACACUCUGCUGCCAUGUGCCACUUUCAGGUCUCUUCACACUGCUGGUGUGUUUAAAUUUUUUGACAUAGGGUGCAGGCAGAUUACGGGCCUCACAUAGCUGCUGCCAGGCCCCUAAUCUGCCAUGGGCCCCUAUAUACCGCCUCCUCAUGCUGCUGCCAGCCAGUCCAGAGUCUGUCAUGGGUCCCUGUACGGCCUCCCAUUGCUGCUGUCUCCAUCGCCACACUCUGCUGCCAUGUGCCACUUUCAGGUCUCUUCACACUGCUGGUGUGUUAAAUUUUUUGAC